UCGAAGGGUUAAGGUGGGUUUCCUGAAGGAUAAAUAAAGAAUGGCUGUGCGCCCGUUCGCGUAGGGGGGGAUAGGUUCGUGUCGUCGGCGAGCUUAAGCUUAAGUUAACGGGUUCCGCGGUCAGAUCAUUAAAGCUCCUGUUUAACAACGUCUUCGGCCCCAUCGAAUAAGCCAACGAGCAACAAAUAAUUAACAAUGGCGGAUGACGACAACGCGGACUGGUUCACCCAAGACGACGAACCUGCAGCGGAGGCCGAAGCUGCGCCUGCAGCGGCAGCUGCAACUGGUGGUGGUGGCGGAGAAGCCGCCGCUGGCGGUGAAGAGGCUGCUGCUGGAGGAGCACCCGCUGAAGAAAAGGUAGAAGAAGUAGAACAUGAAGAGUACUUAGAUCCGGACAAGCUCCUACUCUUUAGACAUUGGAUAAGACCGAAAUUCCUUCAGUACAAGUACCUGUACGACUACAGACAAAACUACUACAACGACGUGAUCGAUUAUCUGGACAAACGUGCCCACGGCAUCAAAAGGGAAAUACCACACGCCCAAACCUGGGCGGAAAGAACUGUGAGAACGUUGAAGAGCAGUCAAAACGCCGAAGAGUUCAGGAGGAAGCUGAAAGAGGACAGGAGUUUGGUGGAGAGGAGCAGAUCGAGCGGUCAGCUGUUCCGCAUCUGUUGCAAGGACUCCAUCAACAGGAGAUACUCAAAACUGUUAUACUGAACGAGGCAGCACAAGUUCAUAGCGACAAAAGACAUGUAUUAUUUCCAUCAUUGCCAGAUAGUUUAGUGAAUGUAAUGAUAUGUUGUUAUUGUGACAAAUAUGUAUUAUCUUUUAUCAAUAAAUUUAAUUUUU